CUUUUCCGUCCACCCAUCCUCGUGUUAUUGCUCGCCUCUGGCUCGCACACUUGCCAGCAGUUGUUUCAUGCUCAGGCUGCUGGGUUCUCAGUCUCUCGUUUCAUUCAGCUCCUUUAGGUGGUUGAGAUCGACCUUUUCGCCACCACUUGUGGAUGGAUAGUUUUUACACGGCGGUUCCGGUUACGGUUUUCUGUUUUCGGUGACCGGAUUGAUCGGCGAGAGUUUGCUUUUGGAAGUGGGAGUUUGGGAGAUAUUGGGGACUGGUAGGAUUACGGUGAUCGAGAAGUACUGUGGUAGGUUUGUGGGGGAGGUUGGUUAUUUUGUUUUUUGUUGGUUUGCAGUUGGAACGGGGACGCGAUUAUGUAACUGUGUUCGUGUCUGUCUCUUCGAGACUUCCUUUGGGAGGGGGUUGUGUUCCGAGAGGUGGUGUUUUUCACUAUAUUUUGGGGUCUGCAAUUUCCUUUCUUUUUGGUGGCAUCAAGAGAUGAUUGAUCUUAGAGAACGAGUUUAGUCAGCUUCGUUUGCGAGAGGGCAUCAUCGCAUUGCCUCUUACGCUGUCUUGUCCAUAAAGUUUUGGACGGUCGACGCCUGUCUGAUACGUAGCGUGUGGCGUUUGUGCCAGUGUCCCUCUCAGCUUGUCUUCGUCGAGUGCUGAAGUGGGAUGAUUAUGUGUUGGUUUCGGUAAAAGUGUUUGGAGAUAGUGCUACUGCGUGACUGGUGACCUUAGGGUGCUUCUAUUUUAAGCGUGCAUGAUGCUACGUCGUUCCAAUUAUCUCCUAUAUUUUUCAGACUCCUUAGUUCUGUAUUCGGACUGACGUUGGGUGUUGUCUCUGUUGCGUCUUGUGCUGUAACACGAGCACAAACCAGCAGAGACAAUGUGAUUAUCAUCUUUUAUGAGCUUUUACAAUUACAAGCAGGCUUAAGCUUAUCAGGCGCCGGGGAUCAUGACAAGGCUUCCCUUAUCCUUCACGCUUUUUGCGAAGUGAUGUUUCUCACUCUCAUGGAAGCUAUCGGUAAUCCUCCAACAAUGUUCUCAACCUUCUAUCACCUCCUCUUCUUGACGCUGCGAUCCCGAAAGUUAUCCACGCUGUAGUUUCUCGCGUCUUGAAGGCGUUUGGCGAAGUUGAACUCUCGUUCAUCUCCAGCACUGGUUGCUUCUCAGCUUGCAACAAUCGGGUUGUAAGUUGUCGAGGAGAUGGCGGUUCAUGUGAGUGAGCUGUUCGCGGAGCAGGAUCACAUUGGCCGAAUGUAGAUGUCGAUGCUGUAGUUCCUGGAGUAGCUGCCUCCCGUUCUGCUACUCGGAUUCACGAACUUGCUGGUCUAAUUGUACCUUGCAGCAAGUUAUUGUUGCUCUUGUCACGAAUUGGCUCGCUCCUUAAGCCGACAAUGUCGAAAGGCAAAGUGUCAGAGAAGAUGCAACGCGCUGUGCGUAGGUUUCAAAGCCGAAUCGUUAACCCUAACGACCAAUACCAGAAUCUCAGCUCCGACGAGGCUUCUCCGAGGUCUGGAGGUAGUUUACGGAAACGAUCCUCCUUAUCUCGAUCAGGACAAUUCGACGUAGAAUCGGAUGACGAGUGUCCAGAUCCCCCCCCUUCAGAUGUGCCGGAGGGCUACUUAGCCGUUUACGUUGGGUGCGAGAGGCAGAGAUUUGUCAUCAGUGCAGAUUACCUGAAGCACCAAAUGUUCAAGGCUUUACUGGAGAAGUCUGCUGAGGAGUAUGGAUUUGAGCACAAAGGAGGGUUGCCGAUCGCUUGCGACGUUACGUACUUCGAAAACCUCUUGUGGUCCAUAAAAACAAAUCAAGUAAACUCUUGCUCCUGCUUCUUCGUGAAUUCGUACCCGCGAGAUGCUUAGUUCUUUCUCAUAGAGAACUGAAUGCUUAUAAGACAAACAUUUCUUAUCACCCAUGUAUGUCAUAUCGACAUACUAGGACGCAGCUAGUAUCUAUCCGCUGUUGGGUUUCGUCAAAACCCCAGAAGCUCUAAAGAAAUAGAGGCAGACAUUCGUGUAACAUGCUAUUGCCGAUGUUUUCUUUUCUCAUGUUGACGAUGGUUCUUGAUUAGAAUACAUGAAAUGACUCUCAACAAUUAUGCCAUAUUGUAUGGAUUUCAAAUACCACCCAUAAGAUAUUCGUUAGGUGAAGUGCAAAAGAGAUUUUGAUGGCUCUUGCCGAGCCUUUAGUUGUUGACUAGGCUAAGAUGUUGCCGAAAUUUGGCUCUACUUUCACUUCGUUCAGCCAUAGGGCGAGGGUAUUUUACCUGUAACGCACUCCCUGCCGAAGUAGCGAUAGGUUUGACCAACGGUACCUGUCAAACGGGUCAAGUCAAUGUAGAAUUCGUGUACGGAAGGUUGGUAUGAGAGGCCAGCAAUUUUAACGCUUCGUCAAAGAAAUGACAUGGCCACGUUCAUUACUCUUUGAUACUA